GCUCAAUCUUUUAUCUCUUCAAUCAUUCCAUCUCCUGCCUUCCGUCAUCACCGGGCUCUGGCAAUACGGCAAUCAGGAGCUUCGUCAUUCAGACGCCCGAUCCUGUCGCCAAUCCCCAACUUGGGCUGGGCUGAAGCUCCAUCUAUCUGGUUCACCCGUCGUCCGUCAAGGAUCAAGCUUCAUUCGCAUCUCGAUUGAUCAGCCUCGCAUCGCCCGUCCCACAUACAUCAAGCCAUGGCCGACCCCAAAACACCCGUCCCCUAUGUCCUGAACGAGCGCGAAUACCAACUCCUGCGAAAGUACGUGUUCCUCGUAACGGGCAAACAGCCCAAUGUCACCACCAAACCAACAAGCGACGACACGACUACCACCACCACCACCACCACCACCACGGACGACAACAAACCCCGAAAUAACAACGCCGCAGCAUUCCGUUCAGCCUCACGCGUCUUUCUCUUGACCUUCGGCUCCCUGAAGGGCAUCGACCUGCUCCUCGCACGUCUCGCCCAAAAAUCCACAUCCGGUUCCACAUCUCCAUCUCCAACUCCAACUCCCACAUCCCCCUUUCCAACAUCCUCACCCCACCGGCCAACUCCGGCUCCGAGCCUCGUACAAUCACCGCUCAAACUCGCCCUGUCGCUAUCCAGUCUAUUGUAUCUACACACAACUCUACAUCGCAUCCUCUCUCGUCUGAGGUCACACCUCCUCCACGAAAAAGUCAGGUCCAUUCAACAACGCUACCCGAACCUCUACGCGGCCUUGACAUCAACUCUCACACCCGCCCUGGGCGCUUCUCUCUCCGGCCUCGCCCUCUCCAUCUACCCAGCGACACAACUUCGCAUCGCGAUAGGAAUUUACACAGCCGCCCAUGCUCUAGAACUCGGCUGGACAUCCAUCGCCCAUCUCGAGACCAUAAGAAAGUACAAACCGUCCUGGCUCGGAUCAUGGGUCCUCUUCGCUUUGUCUCAAGGCCAACUCUUCCACGCCUUCAUCUUCGAUCGAGACUGUUUCCCCGAAUCUUACGGUAAAUUCAUCCUCGACUAUACACCGGAGUAUAUCCAGCGACCACCAUCCACCCUGUCUCCGAAACUCGCAAGCUCAUGGCCUUCUACGGAUAACGUCCUCGAUGCCUUGGCCCAAAUCGCACGGCUCAAAUGGCCGCCUUUCAUCAGUCCUAUCCUCCGACCCAAUGCGCCUGCUGUCGCCGUUUUGCCUGAGGGCGUCAACCCGAUCAUAUCGCCCAUAACAUCGCGCGCGCACCCAGCGAUCCAGAAACUAUCCUGCGCGCUCAUUCACCCUUCGAACCCGUCCUGUUUCAUGGCCUACUUGCAGCAGAACCUGCUUGUGUUCCCGCAACUAGCGCGAUUUUAUGCCAUGUACUACGGCGCCAUGUCGGUGAUGCGCUUCAAAGCUUUUCUGAACGAGCCGCUCAAGUCUCUCAACGGUUUAGGCGAGUCAGUCUUACGAUCGACGCUCGCCGUUUCGGGUGCCAUCGGCACCGCCUGGGCUAGCAUAUGUUUCUUUCAGGCGAUAUUUCCAAGGGCGUUCCUUCCUCAAUUUCGGUUCUUCCUGGGUGGUUUGCUGGGUGGCUGCUUUCAGAUAUUCGACCGUACACCCGCUGGGCAUCUGCAAACCGUGUACGCUGCGAGGGAGAGCGUUUACUCGUUGUGGAAGGUCGGGGUAAAGCAUAGAUGGUGGAAGGGUAUUCGUGGCGGCGAUGUCGCGCUGUUCGCCGCCGCACUAGCCUUGAUCAAUGUAGUGUUCGAGAAGGGGAGGAAUACGGCAGCGGGUCAGGAUCCUUCAAUGAUGUUGGUGAAGGUCCUCAGAGGCGAGAUCGAGGUAGGGCUGCCGGUGCGCAAGGAGCACGAUGAAAAGGCAGCAGAGUAGUUCAAUGGUAUACAUUGCAGGAGGCCUCUCGUCCCCGGGCUAGAAACAGCC